CACCCUGUCUGGCUGCCCGUGCCGGCCCUGAGCCCCGCCGGCGGGGGCCGGUCUGGCCCGGGGCUGCAUCCCUGCGUGUCCAGAAACGACCUGAAGGUGCCACGCAGCGAAGGCGCACCGGGUCUCGGGCGGACGGGCUUCCCAAGGACCGCGGCGCCCCGCCUGACGGGCGAGGUCUGCCUCCCCCACCCGCUUCGCCCCCAGCGGCGCCAGUGGCUGCAGGAGGCCAUGUCGGCCGCCUUCCGAGGCCAGCGGGAGGAGGUGGAGCAGAUGAAGAGCUGCCUCCGGGUGCUGUCCCAGCCCACGCCCCCCGCUGCCAGCGAGGCCGAGCUGGCCUCCGACCUGCAGGAGCGCGAGGGCGCCCUGGAGCUGCUGGCCGACCUCUGUGAGAACAUGGACAACGCGGCAGGUACGCGCCCUGGGCCGCCCCGCGCCCCGUCUGGCCCGGCUGUGCCCUUCCGCUGUGGGAGCCGCGCGCCCUCUCGCUCCAGUAGCCAGCUGGCCGCU